AGCCAAUCAUAAUAAAUACAAAUGUCGUCAUUCAUGGGAUUAGUAACGAACGGUAUUUCAAUUCACACUGUUUUAUGUUCCUCGUCAACCCCACCAUUUUUGGGAUUUUUUCCUUUUCUUGCUUUUUCUUUCGCAUACUCAAUUUUUCUUCUUUUUUUUUUUCUAUUUUCUCCAAAUGGUGACAAAUACAAACAGGAGGGAAUAUACACCAUUAGAUCCUCCUGUUAUGCAAUCUACUUUUAGCGAUCAACCACAAUUCACUGUAAGAGUCAUUAUUGAUAUCUUUUUUUUUCUUUGACUUGAUAGUUCCAUUCAUGUCAAACUGUAUUUAUAGUUUCGUGCGGUGGUGGUUGGUCUAGCUAUCGGCACCCUUAUGUGUUUUUCAAAUAUGUACUUUGGACUUCAGACAGGUUGGAUCUCGAUGAUGUCUCUACAGUCAUCUCUACUUGGUUUUGCACUCUUUAAACCAUUCCAAUCCAUACUUCAAGUCAAAUUUUCACCUGUGGAAAAUGUUGUUUUACAAACAGUUGCUGUUGCCACAGCCACUAUGCCAUUAGCAGCAGGCUUUGUUGGUAUCAUCCCCGCAUUAGCAUUAUUAAACAAAUCCGAUCAUCCGGAGGGUGCCAUUGUUUUAUCUUUUCAACAAUUGGUUCUAUGGUCUUUGGGCGUCGCUUUCUUUGGUGUCUUUUUUGCUGUGCCACUUCGAAAGCAAACUAUUAUUCGUGAAAAAUUACGCUUCCCAUCAGGAACUGCUACAGCUCAAAUGAUCAGUUUACUUCAUCAACAACCAGAUCCUACUAUGACCUCUACUUCAUCUUCCACCACUAUCAUGACAUUACGACAACGACAUAAAAAACAUCUCCAGUUGAAUAAUGACAAUGAUGAUGAUCAACAACCUUUAUUAUCACUCACUUCCGAUCCAUCCGUUCAUUCUUCAUCUUCUUCUUCUUCUUAUGGAUCCCAAGGUGAUUUACCCAAUCAUCUUGAUUCAACAAAUUUUGAAGAGGCAUGGCACUUGAAAUUGAAAGCUUUAUUGAUCUCGUUUUCCAUGUCUUCUCUUUAUACCCUUCUUUCCUACUUUUUUCCUAUUAUUACCAACCUUCCUAUCUUCAAUUGGUUAUGCUUCAAUCUGGUCGACUUUCGUGCUUGGGAUUGGUACUUUGCCCCUAGUCUUAGCUAUGUUGGUCAAGGAAUCAUUAUGGGUUUACCAACCACACUUUCCAUGUUACUUGGUUGUAUCGUUGGUUGGGGGAUUUUAUCACCUAUGGCUUACUAUUCAGGAUGGGCUACUGGACCUGUGGAUGAUUGGAAAACUGGAUCAAAAGGAUGGAUUUUAUGGGUAUCUCUAGGUGUAAUGAUUUCUGAAUCGAUUAUAUCAUUGGCUAUAGUGACAAUUCGAACUAUAACAAGGUCAAUAGCAAGAUCAUCCUUAGAUACAAAAGCGACAACAGAAACUAGUACAGUUCAACAAGAAGAUGACAUUGAAACAGUGUUUCAAGAAGGGGAAGAAGAGGAUGAUGAAUAUGAAGACGCACCAGCUGAUCAACAAGUCUCGAAAUGGACAACUAUUAUUGGAUUGAUUGUAUCGACUUUAUUAUGUAUCUAUUUGGUACGACAUGUCUUUGGACCUGAUAUUUUACCAGUAUCUUUGACAUUAUUGGCAGUGGUGGUAGCUAUGUUUUUAAGUGUGUUGGCAGUGCGUGCUCUUGGUGAAACGGAUCUAAACCCUGUGAGUGGUAUAGGUAAAAUUAGUCAAGUAAUAUUCGCUGGUAUUCUUCCUGGUAGUAUUGCUGCCAAUCUGAUCGCAGGUGGUAUUGCCGAAGCUGGUGCUCAGCAAGCGGGUGAUCUAAUGCAAGAUCUUAAAACUGGUCAUCUUCUUCAUGCAUCUCCAAAGGCUCAAUUUUAUGGACAAUUGAUUGGAUCUCUUUUUAGUGUGUUUACAGCAUCAGGUGCCUAUUUACUAUACCGAAAUGUUUAUACUAUUCCUGGACCUGAAUUUCCUGUACCUACAGCACAAGUUUGGUUAGAUAUGUCAAGAUUAGUCAAUGGACAACCUUUACCACCUCAUGUAUCAGAAUUUGUGAUUGGAUUUGCUAUCGUAUUUGGUAUUUUUGUCAUUAUUCAAGAAACAAGUACAAUGCAUCAACGAUCCAUAGGUUGGCAAAGAUAUAUUCCUCAAGGUAUGGCAUUCUCUAUUGGUAUGUACAAUCCUCCAAGUUUUACUCUGGCUCGUGUGAUUGGUGGCUUGAUGACUUAUUAUUGGUAUCAAUAUUGUGAAAAGCAUGAUGAUGAUGAUGAUGAUGACACGUGGUGGUUGGACCCUAGAUAUCGGUACAAAGUGGGCAAAGUACUUAUUAUCAUUAUUGGGUCUGGAUUUGUUUUGGGUGAAGGCACUUUUGCUUUGGUGAAUAUGAUCAUGCACGCAUGUCAUGUUCCUCAUUUAUAGAUAUUCAUAUAUGUAUGUACACAUGUUAUUUAUAUAUUUAUAUAGUAUUAUUAUUCCUUUUUUUUUUUUUUGUUUGUAGUUAAUCUAUCCUUUCUCC